AUACAAUGAGGAGACAAAAUGUGUUUCUGCUUUCUUAGCGGUAAUUUUUGGUAGAAAACAAUGGUUUCAGGUUAAGAUGAUUACAAGUUUCUAAUAUUUGGAAUUGAAAACAAUGGUCGCUUCUUUAUUUUGUAGAUAAACAUUUAUAGAAGAGGUGGUAACGGAUUCAUUAGCUUUUGAUUUAGUAGUUAACGAGGCUUAAUAUAUAUAUAUAUGCAGAUCAGGUGUUCGGCUAUAUGUCUGAAUGAGGCUUAUUUGCAAUGACGCUUUUAUGAGGACCCUUUUAUAAACUCAAAAAGACUACAAAUGUUUUUUGGGAAGUAUUAUAUUCCAAAUUUCUACUGAUUUCUUGUUAUGAUGAUAGUUUUCGAUUUCAGGAGAUUUUAGAUGAUCCAAAACGAAGAAAAUCUACACUUAGGCUCCAUUUGUGUCUGUUCUUCUUCUGUUUAGCUGGGUUACAAAUGGCCACAGAGGUCAUUUCUGAAAAUCUCGGUAAGAAAGAUGUGUGCUUGUUGAGAAACCAUCUCCGUAAGAAAGAUGUGUGCUCAGAUUUAGACAGUUGGUGGAUGUAUCCAAUUGAGAAAACACCGAAGAUGAUGAGCCAGUCCCAAGAAUCCAACCAAGAGAACUCAGUGAUUUUGACAUGACACUGAGUAUGUUUGGAGGUGAAUAUCAAAACUGAUCCAGAAGAUUUUAACAUGACGCUGGAGAAGUUUCGGAAACAAUGCAAAGAAAAGAAAAGGAAACUCAGAAGCCACGGAGAUACUGAAACCAUGCACCUCACAAGUUAAAGUUAAGCAAGAGGGCUUGAUUCUUCAAACUGAAGAUGAAGGAUGUGAUCUUGAUGAGCCUCUUGGCAGUUGGAAUACGAAGUUCUCCAAGAGAAGAAAGAAAAAGCAAAUCGUGAUUCUACUUCCUCUCCAUCUGCUGAACAAGCUGAUUUGCCUGCGCUCCAUCAUGUCAAGCCUGGCUUCCUGGGAUGAUAGCUAUUCAGUUCAUGAACCCAUAGUUUUCAUUCCCACUGAUCCUUUACUAGAUUCUAUCAGAGAGCCAGAAUUUACUACAAAUACAGAGUUGGUGGAAGAGAUUAUGCAUGAUUCGUCCAAGGACAGAACAUUGCCUCCAUACUGCAGUGCAGAGCCAAAUUCUCCCGGAAUGGUAGCCAUUGAAGUGCCCGUAACUACGAUGAUGCAUCAGAAGAAUUCAAUUGCCUUGCUGAUAGUAUUGAUCUUGAAAAUCAGGCAAAUGUUUUGCACAGUAGUGUGUCCAGAGAGUAGAUUGAACUGGAGGCUCCACAAAGUUUAGAAUCUGAGACCAUUGGUUGUGUCAAGAUCCUCGCUUCGUCUAAUACAAGCUCGGAGAGUGAAGAAGUUAAAGAGGACGAGGAAAGCGAUGAUGCAAAGCCUUGCUUAGACAAGACCAUAACUGGUAUGGAGAUUGUGAAGAUAGAAGCUUUAGAAGUACUCUCUAACUCAGACAUGACCAUGACUGGUUUGGAGAUUGUGAAGAUAGAAGCUCCAGAGAUACUUUCUAACUUAGACAUGGCAAUAACUGGUCUGUAGAAUUUGAAGAUAGAAGCUCCAGAGAAAAGUUGCUACUGAUUACUCAGGUUUACUCGCCAUGGAGAAUACCGAGAUUGUGUGUGGAGAUGAAGACAUUGCUAAGGAUGAGCUUCCUGAUGCAGCUGAUACUCUCCAGCUGACCAGCUGCUGCAAUUCACUGGAUCCUGUUACUGACGACGGCACAAUUUCAUUUGAAGAAGGUCAUAGGCCAGAAAAAUUACAACAAUCUUCAUCCUCAGAGAACAGGAGACCAGUCAAUCACAAAUCUUUCAGGCACCUGAAGAGGUUAAAACAGCUGAAGAGACUGACAGUGUCGAGCAACAAGAGCUACACUCUCAACCUGAAAAACUACUCUCAGGUUGUUGAUAUGACUAAAGAUUGUAUCAACGGAAUCAUUCUCGUGGACAACAAGAGAUCAGAAAGAAGCAUUCAUGAACUUGAGGCUACCUGA